AUGGCUGCCAGACAGCAAGGCAAAAGGAAAGUCAGAGAUGCAAAGAGAAAGAAAAUCCAAAAGAAGCAUCAGCCAGCUAAGCGGAAGCAGAAGAAACGGCAGCCUAGGAAACAAAAGAAGCAUCAGGCUCGUCCUAAGCGUCGGGUCAAGCAGGCCUCCGCCACCAGGUCAGCGGACAGUGGUCCAGAGAGGGUCUGCUCCCCAACUGCCUCCAAGGUCCUUCGGCAGAUGCCCAAGGUGAGGAUGGAGGCCAAGGCCAGGAGCCUGAUGAAGACCUUGCUGACCGAUGUCUACGACCAUGUGGCCACAGAGGUGGAGAAUUUGAGCCAGAAGAACGAGCUGUCCGACCUCAGUGGCACAGAUGUGCAAGCUGCCUUGAAGGAAGCCAUGACAAAGGAGCUGGCCAAACAUUCGGCCGAGCCCACCAGCACUGAAUGUGCUUAG